GCGGCGGCGGCGGCGGCGUCCCCUACAACCAGCCCUCGGGCUACAGCUCCCCGGCCGCCCAGAGCUACGGCCAGCAGGGGCAGUACGCCCCCGGUGGAGGCUACGGGCAGGACAGCCCCCCAAUCAGCGGAGGGGGGGGCGGCGGCAGCUACAGCAGCCAGGACAGCGGCUACGGGGGUCCGGAGGGCCCCUCCGGCCGCGGGCCCCGCGGCGGGGGCUACGGCGGCGGGUUCGGGGGUCGCGGCGGCGGCGGCUUUGAGCGGGGCUUCGACCGCGGGGGCCGCGGGGGGCCCCGGGGCCGAGGGGGAAUAGGAAUGGGCGACCGUGGAGGAUUCAAUAAGUUUGGUGGGCCGAGAGAGCCAGGACAUGGACAUGGGGGACCUGGCUCCUUACCAGAUCAGGAUAACUCUGACAACAAUACCAUCUUCGUGCAAGGCCUAGGAGAUGAUUACACUGUUGAGGCAGUCGCUGACUUCUUUAAGCAGAUUGGCAUCAUCAAGAUCAACAAGAAGACGGGUAUGCCGAUGAUCAACCUCUACACCGACCGGGACACGGGCAAGCUGAAGGGGGAGGCCACCGUCUCCUUCGACGACCCCCCCUCCGCCAAGGCCGCCAUCGACUGGUUUGACGGGAAGGAGUUCAGCGGGAACCCCAUCAAGGUGUCCUUCGCCACCCGCCGGGCGGACUUUGGGGGCCGGGGGGGCAUGCGCGGCGGGCGCAGCCGUGGAGGACCCGCGGGUCGAGGGGGCUUCGGAGGGGGGCGUGGAGGAGGAGGAGGACCGGGGGGUAUCGUAGGAGGAGGCGGAGGAGGAGGACCCGGUGGUUUCCCAGGGGGCAACGGGGGAGGAGUCGGCAGCGGUGGGAACGGAGGCGGACAGCAGAGGGCCGGCGAUUGGAAAUGUUGCAACCCUGAAUGCAGCAACUUGAACUUCUCCUGGCGCAACGAGUGCAACCAGUGCAAGGCCCCCAAGCCGGAGGGGGCCGGGGGAAUGCCCACCAUGGAAAGAGGUGACAUUCUAACACACAGACGGGCCGUAGCGUCGCCUGUCAGCGUAGACACGGACCAUUUGUUUUUCGACACACUUUCACUACGACUGAAAGAAUGUGGUUGUAGGGAUGUGUUAAAAAGAGGGGGUGGUGGGCACACCCGAAGGUAAUCCACAGGUGCUAGACAACUGUGCUGAAUAUAAGAGAAAGGAGGGUCCGCACACUGUUUUAAUGCUCCAGAACUAGGUUUAUUAACAGGCAACGUUUCGAUGAAGAUCCCUAGCGAUCGAACAGUUGCCUGUUAAUAAACCUACACGGUUCCGUGUGUUGUCAUUUUUUUUAAUUAUUAUUUUAUUUCCUCUUUAUUUCGUUUUGAGAGCACGCAGCUGACGUAGAAUGAUAGAUAUUAGUUUUGUCUCAAGCUGUGGCUUCAUUUCUAAGAAGCAUCUAUGUAUUCAUCGAGCCACAUCGGCACAUCAGUGAGCAUCAGAACUAUCAGUCACGCGAUGUAGCCUAUCAGGUCGACCGAGUUAAGUGCAUAUUAGGCCCGAGACAGAACAGAUCAUGAGGGCAUUAACCCAACUCUGCUUCUUUUGUGACGUGUGUCCGACACCGGAAAACACAUCAUUAGUUAGUUACAUAGGAUAGGUUGCACAAUUUGCAGACAUAUUCGUAGGAGAGAUGAGUGAACACUUGAAGGCUACUAUAAUAAUUACAUGAAUUAACUAUUUAUAACCAAUCAAGCCCAUGACGACUCGUGUCUAUGGGUAUGGCGAUGCGUGUCUGACAGAAGAACACAGACAAUUAUACAUUUUUAGAGGAAAUGUCCUCUCGUGUCUUUACAGGUCUAAACUACGUAUUAAUUUAUAUUUGAAUGUAAACGUAGGUUUAUAUUACAGGCAUCCCUCUCAAGCACACUAAGGUGCGCUUCAAUCCAACCUUCAUUAAUCUCAAUAGUUUAAUAAUUAUUCAAACUGACGAAUGAUAACAAGCCAAGCUGUUGAGACCUCCAGCCAAACUCUGUGUCUCAACCACAAGAAUCGGUCACUUCUGUAUUUAAUGCUAGGCCUAUAUUGUAUGAUUUGAGUGCUUGGUUUGGAUGUCUCUUUAGCCGCCAUACAUUGUUAAGGGGAGACACCUUGGAAAGUUGUGACCAUCAAAGGACCACACCAAAGCCUUUGGUCUGCCACCAAUUAUUUACCUUGCAUGUGGUUACCGAUAGCUCACUCCUCAGGACUUCCCCCCAGAGUAGUGUUGAGCAAACCACACAUUGUUUGUUCACCAGUAGAGCGACAAUAGGCCAUACCUCUUUUGAGGGAAACCUUUCCCUGCGCUGCCAUUAACAAAGACAUCGUGGUCAUACAAGGGACCUUUGCCUUUAUGUAAUUAUCAGUUCAUCACAUGUUUGUGAAAGGCAAACACAAUCUGUGAACGAAUGACGCCUGCGUGAUCACCUCCUCCCACUCCUCGCUGACAGGGGUCCUCUCCAGCACUCCCAGCUCUGCUCUGACUCAUGAGCCACCUUGCUGUAGCAAUGUCUGUGUUACAGGAGGUGGCCUUGACUCCUUGAACCAGUUAAUCGCAAAAUACGAUUCACCGAGCAGGUGUUCCAUGUCGAAGAUCUCCCUGAGUGUAUGAUGAUGAUGGUGAUGGAUGGUCUAACCUGUGCACAUUGAUCGCUCCAUGCGCAAAACAGGGUAUGCGGCCUCGCCCAGCCAGCCAGAGUCCAAUCAGUGUGCCUCCUUAAACCGUCCAUCAACCAGCCACACGCUCCACAUCCGCAUCGACUCCUAGAAGGAGCGAGACGACUUCCCACGACCGAGUCAAAGCGUUUGCGUGGUCAUUGCAUUGAAUCGACGUUGAACCAUAACGAAGCCUUUAGACCAUUGGUUCUCAAAAUGCGGCCCGUGGGCCAAUGGCGGUCCGCGGAAUCAUUCCUGGCGGCCCGCAAUGACAUACAAAAAAAAAAUAUAUAGUCAAAUUUUGGGUUCCUAAAUUGGCCCUUAGUUGUCAAAACUUUAAGAACCCCUGCUUUAGACUGUGUGCGUGUGUGUGUCUGUUUGUGUGGACCGUGCGACUCCCGCUCACAGUUCCACCCGUUGUUUCCCCUCCCCAGGGGGGUACGGUGGGGG